AUGAAUGCCCAGGAAUGCCUCCCUGAGGACGGGCUUUGCUCACUGUGUCCCUCUGUGCCCUCCCUGCAGGCGUCCAGCACGCGGCCCGAGUGCAGCAUCAUGCUGGAGAUCGAGGAGGAGCGCAGCCAGUGCCUGGCAGAGCUCACCUGGGACAACCACACCUCAGGCUGCAGGAGGCAGUGGGACAACAUCACGUGCUGGCCUGAAGCAGAGGUGGGAGAAGUUGUGGUACGGCCAUGCCCCAAGUACUUCAGGUUCCUGACCUCCUACCUGGGGAAUGUGACCAGGAAUUGUACAAGCCAGGGCUGGUCAGAUGUGUACCCUGCACCCUACACUGUAGCUUGUGGAUAUGAUUCCAACAGCACUCCAGGGGAAGAGCAAACAGCGUUCUAUGGAACGGUCAAGACCGGCUACACCAUCGGGCACACCCUGUCCCUCAUUGCCCUCACAGCUGCCAUGAUCAUCCUGUGUCUCUUCAGAAAACUACACUGUACUCGAAAUUACAUUCACAUGCACCUCUUCAUGUCCUUCAUCAUGAGAGCCAUCGCAGUCUUCAUCAAGGAUGUCAUCCUGUUUGAAAGUGGGGAGUCUGAGCACUGCUUUGUGAGUUCAGUGGGCUGCAAGGCCAUGAUGGUUUUCUUCCAGUACUGUGUCAUGGCCAACUUCUUCUGGCUGCUGGUGGAGGGGUUGUACCUUCACACCCUGCUGGUCAUCUCCUUCUUCUCGGAGAGGAAAUACUUCUGGUGGUACAUCCUGAUCGGCUGGGGUGCCCCCUCCGUGUUCAUCACUGCCUGGACAAUUGUCAGGAUUUACUUUUUCGAUGUUGGGUGCUGGGAGGAAAUAGUGGAAUCCCCAUUCUGGUGGAUCAUUAAAACUCCUAUUUUGGUGUCCAUUUUGGUGAACUUCAUCCUCUUCAUCUGCAUCAUCCGUAUCUUAGUCCAGAAGCUGCAUUCCCCAGAUGUUGGGCACAACGAAACCAGCCAAUAUUCGAGGCUGGCCAAGUCCACUCUGCUGCUGAUCCCUCUCUUUGGCAUUCACUACAUCAUGUUUGCUUUCUUCCCUGACAAUUUCAAAGCAGAAGUGAAGCUGGUCUUUGAGCUCGUGGUUGGGUCAUUCCAGGGGUUUGUGGUGGCUGUGCUGUACUGCUUUCUCAAUGGAGAGGUGCAAGCUGAGCUCAAGAGGAAGUGGCGGAGGUGGCACCUGGAGCGGUUCCUGGGCUCAGACAUGAAGUACCACCACCCUUCCCUGGGCAGCAACGGCACCAACUUCAGCACCCAGAUCUCCAUGCUGACCAAGUGCUCGCCAAAGACGCGCCGCUGCUCCGGCUUCCAGGCCGAGUUCUCCCUGGUGUGAGAGGCUCCCCAGGCACUGAGCAUCCCAAACUGAGACACGAGGAUCCCCGGGAAUCAGUGAUCCCAUGAGAAACCCCUGUGAAAUGACCUGCUCCACAUGAGCCAACAGAGGACACACAACUGGAAAAGCCGCUGGCGUCCAGGAUGAGAUCGGACGAGCCAAGAGGAAGGAACACUUUUGCUCUUCCUCUUUUCAGGCCUUUCACUCUUCAGUUUCCAGCCCUCAGGGAUUGAUAGCUCUGAGGAAUUGUCCCACUUAAGCUUCAGUUUCAAGCCCUCAGGGAUUGAUAGCUCUGAGGAAUUGUCCAACUUAAGCUUCAGUUUCAAGCCCUCAGGGAUUGAUAGCUCUGAGGAAUUGUCCAACUUGCUUGAGGACAACCUGGGAGAUGCUGGUGUGUCAUAAAUAAUGAAGUACUGGGGGUAAGGGAGGGAGAGCCUCAGUCCUUGGUGGCUUUACCAGAACUGGCAUCUCUCAAACAGACAAAAUGCACUUUUUUUUUCUAAAAAAAUGAGCCAGUAAAGGAGAGACAGAGGCAGAAAGCAGGAAAAAACCCCACCAAACGUAUGAAUGUGCCAAAACUCCUGUGAAUAAGAGGUGAUGAUACAGCACUAAAGAUGGUGCUGGGGACAUGGGGAGAAGGGACAGGAGGAACAUGAGUAGGAAGGGAGAGGCCAGCACAUGGCCCCCACGUUUUACACAGGUGGAGAUGAAGCUGCAGCACCAGGAGAGCCCCUCAGAGGAUGCCCCAGUGUGUUCUGCUAUUUCCCCACCACCCUUGGGAGCAGAAGCUUUCCAGGAACCCUGUGGAAGAGCAGAUCACUGAGAAGGAGCAGUGGGAGGACUGUGUUGGUGACAUGGUGUUUUGCUUGGUUGUGUUCCAUGAACAGGAAACUCGAUUUGCAUGUAUAAAAAACAGGGCCAGAUGCCAAAAGCAGA